GUCAGUUACGGAGUUGGAGACGAAAAGCUGUGCAAAUCGCCAUUCCUCGUCUUGCCAAAAAAAUUUCCGAUUCAAUUUCUAGGGUUUCGGCAGAAGAAGAGAAGUGCUCCGCGAAACUCCAACAAGCCCUAAGUCCGUCACUCUCAAAGCUUCUUCUCAAGUACCAAUCGCAAUCGUUUUUCUCCCUACUCUUCGCUCUCUUCGCGUCUCACCGGAAUAUAAAUCUGGAUAAACCUAUGCCGUCGACGUCGCUAGCGAACGGUACUGUGAACGGAAACGCAGAUUCCGUGCCUCUUGGUGUCGGAGGAGAGAGAGCCGAUGUUGUGGCGGUGUUCACGGAUGAUAAGCCCGGAGUGUCCAUGAUGGAGCAGUUGGUUCCUGAGAUUACAACCCACGCGCUCAGUUAUUUGGAUUAUCCCAGUCUUUGCCGCUUGUCCAUGACGAACUCCUUGAUGAGGAAGGCUGCUAAUGACGAUAAUGCUUGGAAGGCCCUUUAUCACAAGGAUUUUACGCUGGAACAAGUUAGUGUAACACCAGUCAAUGGGUGGAAAGCAUACUAUGCAGCUACUAGAGCAAUCAUUAGUGUGAAUACCGAAUUCUUCAAUAUCAUCAGAGAGAGGUCUCUUCAAGAAAUGGCUCAAUUAUGGCUGAACUCGGACUAUGUGAAGUGCAUCCAUGCCUCAGGCGAACUUUUCUCUGGGUACAACGAAGUGAUGCAAAGCUGGGAACUUUGUUUCAACUGGGAACAAGGGUUUGACUUUCAGGUCCACAACGUUCGGAGUCGGAUACUAACAGACAUGGCUUGGGUCACCAUGAAAGCAUACCUGAAUGUGGACGCUGGUCCAUUCCUCAUCACCAAUGUGUUUGAGUUCCACAAUGGGAGGUGGCACAUGGUUCAUCACCACAGCUCAGUGAUGCUCACCGAUGGCGUCAAUCAACAGGUUUAAUGAAUGAUAUUAAUAUUUUUAGUUUUGUUUUCCCUCUCUUCUUUUCAUUUUUUGGUUUCCUUUAUAAGGGAACCUAAAAAAUAAGGAAGAAGGAACUGCGUAUUGGAAAUCUUAUUAGAUUAAAAAUAGUGUUUAUUAAUUUGAUUUUUAACGAUGUACUGAAUGCUUUUUCUACAGUUGCUCUU